AACUAAAUACCAGGUAAUUAAAAAAGGGUUAAAUCGUUAAGAAAACCAAUUAGAUACUAUUAGAGCAUCGGCAUCUAACAUUACCUGCACUUAACUGGAACUACCCGCUGCUACCCGCACAGCAAUACAGGGUGUUGCAAUACAAACAAUUUGUUCUUGAGUUGGCAACAUCAUCUGACAUAUAAAUCAAACAUAACCUCAAGGAAACAUGAAAACAUUCACAACACAUUUAUUCCCCACAAAGACUUCUUCGAGUAUCCUUUAAAAUAUGUCGGCUGCGAUUGUAAGACAAAGCUUGGCGUUAGUCGACGAUACAUUCAAUCAGUUACCAGGUAAAGUCAAGAAAAACAAAAAGGUGCACGAUUUAAUGCCGGACAACCAAAAACUCAACAGAAGUAUUGUACGCAAAGGAAGGAAAGUUGGGAAAGUGAACUUGCUGCAAACGGAAAAGAAGUUGACUGUGUCGGAGCUGAAGAAAACGUUGAAAACCAAAGAGCAGAUCAAGAAAGAGAACUUGGAGAAAUUGAGAUUGAUCAGAGACACUUGCAGGAUAGAGUUGGAUGAAUCGAUCACUUCAAAGAUAUUAGAACGGGCUGUAAGAAAACGACCUCUCAAAUCGGAGAGUCGCUCGAAGGAACCGGAAACGACGGCGUUCACCGAAGAGGACUUCAAGAAGUUCGAGGAAGAGUACCACGAUGAAUGACAAGACUAUCGGUGCGAUAGGCCUGAUCUUUAGUUUCAUCCUGAUCGGAGCCCUCAUGGUGAAACUAAUAAUCUUACCAUUAAUACCAUGGGAUCAACUGUCCGUUUUUAUACCAGCCACAUACAUUCUGUUGACGAGCUGCAUUAUGGGAUGCAUAUUCGUAACGUCCCUAACCGCUUUUACACUGUACAAAAUAUGCGCUUAUAAAAGGAAGCAAAGAUGGAAUAAAGUCAAAUGAGUUUCAAAACUUAA